CGCGCCAAUCGCGGCCUGGCGGGCCACCUCCCGGCCGAGCCCGCCAGCCCGCCGGCCGCUUCCGCUCCCACGCAAGCGCAGCAGCCGGGCAGCGGACGCCGCCGGCACCAUGGUCCUGGACAGCGUGGCCCGCAUCGUGAAGGUGCAGCUGCCCGCCUACCUCAAGCAGCUCCCUGUCCCCGACAGCAUUACCGGCUUCGCCCGCCUCACAGUUUCAGAAUGGCUCCGCUUAUUACCCUUCCUUGGUGUACUUGCACUUCUUGGCUACCUUGCAGUCCGUCCAUUCUUCCCCAAGAAGAAACAACAGAAGGACAGCUUGAUUAAUCUUAAAAUACAAAAAGAAAAUCCCAAAGUGGUGAACGAAAUAAACAUUGAAGAUCUGUGUCUUACUAAAGCAGCUUAUUGUAGGUGUUGGCGUUCCAAGACGUUUCCUGCCUGUGAUGGGUCCCAUAAUAAGCACAAUGAAUUGACAGGAGAUAAUGUGGGUCCACUCAUACUGAAGAAGAAAGAAGUAUAACAGUAGCCAUUUAAGAUAGAAAUUUUGACAGUACCAUUUCCUCGUUUGUUGUGUGUAGAGAAAUCUUUGGAUAUUUUAACCAGCAGUCCGGGUUGAAUAAUUAUUUCUGCGUUAUUUUCUUGCUACACUACUACUUAUAUUUGGUACUUUAUAUAUUCAGUCAUUUAUACAGCAAUCAAAUGGUCAAGUGUCAUUCUGACAUCAAGAAUUAAUGUAUCUUUCAACAAUAAAGUCAGCACUGGGAAUUUAAAGUUUGGCUGUAGACCAAAAGAUAUUUUUUGCAUAUCAGUAUUUCAAAAUAAUGUAUAUUUUUUUAAAAAAAUUCUCCCUUGUUCUGCUAAAUGUAUUUUCAUAUUGUUUUGCUCAUCUGAAGUAGUUUGCCAUUCUUUGGUGUUUGUGGAACUCUGCUGUUUUUAGAUGAAUUAUUAAAUACAUUGCCACUAAGAAUUACUUUGAGGCAAUAAAACCGAUGUUUUAUAGAGAUUUUUGUCUCAUUACCAUGAUUAUCCCAAUUUCAAAAAAGUAAAUCAGAUAUAAAAAGUUCCAGUGACAAUUAUUUGCAUCAUGAAAAACUGGUUCACCUUACAAAAGGCUUGUUCUGUGUGCUUGUGUGUGUGCGUUUAAUUUGGUGACAGCGGUGUGGCAAGAAUACAUAAUGCUAAGUUAUACUUACAAACUGUAGUUUGAAGGUCAGUCGGAUAUAAAACAUCUGAAUUUGCAUUAAAAUGAAACAUACUUCAUUGUUCUUUUUUGUAGUUAAUUAUAGAGAAAUGGAGCAACAGGAUAUUAAGUCACUUGUAACCUAGUGGGUUGAAUUUGUACACAUUGAGAGAAAAUAUUUUGAUUUUUUUUUAAAAAGAUAACUCAUUUAUUGUAUUUUUUUAACUUCACGAAAUAUAGAUAAAACACUUGUGUGUGUAUAAUGACAGAAAAGAGUCUGCAAGGGGGUAUAACAGCAUAUUCUGCACACAUUCCUAUAUGAUGAGGCCUUUGAUUGUCUAAAGAGAGGUAGGAAGGAGGCUGCAUUGCAGGAAGCGUAAUGCACAGAUGGAUUAGACACUAGCUGUGCAUGGAAGUAAGCCACACAGUGUUGCUGGCAAGUAUUGAAAGCAAACAAACAAACACCACAAAGGGUGAAAUGUAGGUAAGUGCUUGAGUUCUGCAUAAACCACGUUACCUCCAGGAACAGAGGAAACCCCCAGUUAAACCUGGGGCCGCUCCUCUGUCAGGACUGCUGGGUUAGAUAGAUCAGCCCUCGGUUUCCUUAUUUCUCUAACGAACACAUAGUAAGCCUGGUGCAACGUACGGAAUGUGUUCUGUUCUUUCCUUAGCUGCCACAGCUAGCAGUCUGAGAAAGACUAGUGAUGGCAAGCCAAGCUCCAAGCUAAAAAGGAACCUAUCACACAAUUACAGUGACACGUCAUAGUCUUAUGUUUGUGUAUUGUAAGAUGUGAAUAAUGUUAGAGCAAAUAGACAUGUUUUAGGAAGACUUGUUUUUAUUAUUUUGUGUGUAAGUGCUUGUCUGCAUGUAUGUAUGUCUGCACUAUGCGCGUGCCUGGUGCCCAAGGAAGCUAGAAGAGAAUGUUGAAUCCCCUGGAACUGGAAUUAACAAAUGGCUGUGAGCCACCAUGUGGGUGCUGGGAAGUUUUCUGCAAGAGCAUCCAGUGUGUUAACAGCUGAGCCAUCUCUCUAGCUCUGGAAAUUUUUUAAUAAAAUGAAUAAACAUUUAAAUAAAGAGGUUGCAAUUGUUUUGAACUAACCAUCAAGAACUGAAAUGUGAAAGGAGUCAUUGUGAAAGUCAAAAGUAGCACAAAUCUGUGUUUGUUUGCUCACUUCUGUGGUACUAAGGCUGGAACCCAGGGCCUCACACAUUCUGGCAAGAGCUCUCUACAAUGAGCUCCAUUUGUGCUGUAUCUUGUUAAUAGUAUAAACCAUUGAGGCAACAUACAAGAAAGUUUUCAAUGUAGGUUUACUGGAAGUUUUGAAUUAUUUGUAAUUCUAGCCUACUAUCAGAGUCUCUAGUUUUAUUUUACAUUACAAUUCUCAUGUAAUAGCUAUCCAUAAACUAUUAAAGAUACAAUCCACCCAG